AGCACGCCCCGCUCAUCCCAUUGGACGAUAAAAUUGCCUACAUAAGCGCUCGCGGCACAAUUUACGCCGGCAGUUCACAUCGACGAUCGCAAGCGAGCGUUACUCGAUACGUUGACAUAUUCACUCGCGUAAUCUAUUUCGUUUUUACUUGAUAACAUUUCACAAUGUCCGGUCGCGGCAAGGGCGGUAAAGUUAAGGGAAAGGCGAAGUCUAGAUCGAGCAGGGCGGGACUUCAAUUCCCCGUCGGGAGAAUUCACAGACUGCUGAGGAAGGGAAACUACGCGGAGCGAGUCGGUGCCGGCGCUCCCGUCUACCUCGCCGCCGUCAUGGAGUUCCUGGCCGCCGAAGUUCUCGAAUUGGCCGGCAACGCCGCUAGAGAUAACAAAAAGACGCGUAUCAUACCGCGCCAUCUGCAACUCGCGAUCAGAAACGACGAGGAAUUAAACAAGCUCCUCUCGGGCGUCACCAUCGCCCAGGGUGGCGUUCUCCCGAACAUUCAGGCCGUCCUCUUGCCAAAGAAGACGGAAAAAAAGGCGUAAGAAGUUCGACGACCCCGUAAAAAUCAAUCGGCCCUUCUCAGGGCCA